CCUACUGGAGCCCUCAUGUAUGUGUCCCUUGGCUUUGCCCAGGCUCCCUGCUGCUGUCUGCAGUCUACAAAGUGGUCCCAGCAGCCUUGCUUCAGUGCUGCAGGGUACAGGAAGUCUAAAGCCAAGCCAAACGGCAAGAAAACUGCUUCAGAGGAGAAGAAAGUAUACCUGGAGCCAGAGCACACCAAGUCCAGGAUCACCGACUUUGAGUUCAAGGAGCUGGUAGUGCUGCCCCGGGAGAUCGACCUCAACGAGUGGCUGGCCAGCAACACAACAACAUUUUUUCACCACAUCAACCUGCAGUAUAGCACAAUCUCAGAAUUUUGCACAGGAGAGACGUGUCAGACAAUGGCCGUGUGCAACACACAAUACUACUGGUAUGACGAGCGGGGGAAGAAGGUCAAGUGCACUGCCCCCCAGUAUGUUGACUUUGUCAUGAGCUCUGUGCAGAAGCUGGUAACUGAUGAAGAUGUGUUCCCCACAAAAUACGGCAGAGAAUUCCCCAGCUCGUUCGAGUCCUUGGUGAAGAAGAUCUGCAAGUAUCUGUUUCAUGUGUUGGGCCACAUCUACUGGGCCCACUUCAAGGAGACGUUGGCCCUUGAGCUGCACGGACACUUGAACACACUGUACGUGCACUUCAUCCUCUUCGCCAGAGAGUUCAACCUGCUCGACCCCAAAGAAACUGCAGUCAUGGACGACCUCACUGAGGUGCUGUGCAGCAGCCCGGGUAGCAGUGGUGCCACUGGGGAUGGGGCCAGCAGUGGAGCUUCUGGAGCACAGAACCAUGUGAAGGAGAGAUGAGCCUCCAGGGCCAGAUGGGUGCACAUGUGCAAAGAGACAACUGUGUGUCUGUGUGUGCGCACACAUGCCCCGAGCGUGCUGGUGGCAAGGUCUGAGGGCCCUGGGCUGCGCAGAGUGUGGGCUCCAUGGAUGCCGCUGGAGUCAAGGCGUGUUUCCUGACUUCCCUGUUGGAUGGAUGAGUGCUAUUUGUAGUGAAGAGCCUUUGGAGUCAUUCAUUCAUUCAACAAACAUUUAUUGGACUGA